UUUCCUCUCCGACCUCCUUUUCCCCUUCCUCCCCGAUCCCUUCCUCGGCCACGCUGCUCCCGUGCUCUGCGCUACCCGACCUCCAAUCCAACCCUAAAAUCUCCCCACAUAGUCCACACCGCUGUGCCCUAGAGCUGCCGCCGAACCGUAGCUUGGCGCCACCGCCGGCGCCUCUCCGCCGCAACCCCUCCGCCUCUCGCGCGCGUCGUCGUUCCCCUUCCACCCAAUCGCGUCCCCGCCUUGUCCGCGUUCCUGGGCAUCAAUUUUCGAGAGAUGGAUCCGAUGGACAUCGUGGGCAAGUCUAAGGAGGACGUCUCCCUCCCCAAAUCAACAAUGUUUAAGAUUAUUAAGGAGAUGCUGCCGCCUGAUGUGCGAGUGGCAAGAGAUACACAAGAUCUUCUUGUUGAAUGCUGUGUAGAGUUUAUCAAUCUGCUGUCUUCUGAAUCCAAUGACGUGUGUAGCCGGGAGGAGAAGAAAACUAUUGCUCCUGAACAUGUUAUUAGGGCUUUGCAGGAUCUUGGCUUCAAAGAGUACAUUGAAGAGGUUUAUGCAGCUUAUGAACAACACAAGCUUGAUACUCUGGAUUCUCCAAAAGCAAGCAAGUUCACUGGUGUGGAGAUGUCAGAAGAAGAAGCUGUCGCUGAACAGCAGAGGAUGUUUGCUGAGGCCCGAGCAAGGAUGAACAAUGGAGCUGCUAAACCAAAGGAGUCUGAAUUAGAACCGCAGAAGCAAUCUCAAUUGCAGCUGCAUCCUCCAGCACAUCAGCCUUCACAAGUGUAUGCUCAACCACAGCAGCCCCUCCAUGCUCAAGUGCAGCUGCAUCCUCAACCACAGCAGCCCCUGCAUGGUCAAGUGCAGCUGCAUCCUCAGGCUCAAUCACAGCAGCCCCUGCAUGCUCAAGUGCAGCUGCAUCCUCAGGCUCAACCACAGCAACCCCUUCAUGCUCAAGUGCAGCUGCAUCCUCAACCACAACAGCCACUGCAACCUCAGCUGCAGUUACAGCCUCAGGCUCAACCACCGCAAACCUUCCACCCGCAACCUCAACUGCAGCUUCAGCCUCAGGCCGAGCCACCGCAAACCGUGCAACCUCAACUGCAGUUCCAUCCGCAACCACAACAGACCAUACCGCCACUGCUGCAACCUCAGCCCCAGCAACCACCCCCACAGCCUGAACUGCAGCUCCAUCAUCAAUCAGAGCAGCCGACUCAAGCGCAGCUGCAACCCCAAGCCCAGGAACCUCAACUGCAGCUGCAACCCCAGUCGCAAACGGAACAUGGCUUGGGCAGUUCGUGAUUCAGUGUGGUGUAGCUUCAGUAAAGUUAAAUAUGGGGGGUACUUCCGCUGGCAAAUUACUAGGGGUAAUGUGUGCCUGCCGUUAGGGGAUUGUGCUUUUAGGUCUGGUGCAUGCUUAAUGUACAAUGUAAAUCCGGUGUGAUUUCAGUUACCGUGUCUCUAAUAAUCUGAAGCUCUCUAGCGACUGGUGUACUUUUACCGUAUUCCUGACUGUAUGACUGAUGUAGUAUCAUGGCACCGUGUGUGCCGUGCCAGAAGUUACUCCAUUUACCCGUGUAAUUUUCUAACUUGACAAUUUUCCGUGGUUGUAGUGCUGAAGCCAGUGAUCUAUUGUCUUGAA